AUGCCCGACGCUUUGAUGGUUGUAAGCUGCAGCGACGUAAACACCAUUCUCGAUCUUGAUUUCGCUGAGCACACGGACAUCACGCCGACCAGGAACCGCGAAAUUGUCCAAAGCAAUGGCUCUAAUUUCGCGAAGGUCUUGACUUCGGAGGCUUUUCACCUGUCCAUCUUUCCGGAAGUCAUCAGCGAGCAGCUGGGCACGAGGUUCCCAUGUCCGCUGAUAGUACCGUCGUCUCUUGACGACCCACAGCACUUGAUACUUGUAUUCAAGGUGCGAAUCACCACGCCUAUCAUUAAUCCGAGCAACCUGCCACUUUUCCUUGGUUGA